CGAUCAUAAUAAACUCUUUUUUUUUUGGCAUUCUAAUAAUUCUUCUCAGAAUUCGUAAAUCCGUUAGUUUUAGCGAUUUCUUCUGAUUCUGCUGCAAGGUUCGUCGACAAUGGCUGAAGAUCGAGUAUAUCCUCUCGAUUCCCCGCCGUCAUCUGAAACCUCCGGUCGAUUCGACCAGCCGCCUCCAGCAAAGCCGACUCCGCCGCCCGGGACGUACAUCAUCCAGGUCCCCAAGGAGCAAAUAUUCCGCCACCCGCCGCCGGAGAAUGCCCGACAUUCGAACUCCCCCAGGCGCCGCCGCCGCCGAUGCGUCCGCCUUCGCGUUGCACUCUGCCUCCUCGCGGCCCUUCUCGCCGCCCUCGCCGUCUCCGCCGGCGUUCUCUACCUCGUCUUCCGCCCCGAAUCGCCGAGCUACACCGUGUCCGCCGUGGCAAUCAAGGGGCUGAACUUGACGUCGGCGUCCCCGGUGUCGCCGGAGUUUGACGUCACGAUCCGGGCUGAAAACCGUAACGGCAAGAUGGGGAUCUAUUACCGGCGAGGAAGCUCCGCGACGGUUUCCCACUCCGGCGUGGACAUCGGUAACGGGGAAUUGCCGGUGCUUUUCCAGCCGUCAAGAAACGUGACGGACUUCCACGUGGAGCUGAAGGGAAGCGGGAUCAUGCUCGGCAGCGCCGUUAGAUCGUCACUCAUACGUCAGCAGAGGCAAGGGCAGGCGAGAUUUAAGGUGAAUGUGAAAGCUCCCGUCAAGAUAAAAAUCGGGGCCGUGAAAACGUGGGAAAUCACCGUUAAAGUUCACUGUGACGUCACAGUGAAUGCUUUGAACGAGAAACCCAAACUGCUGUCAAGGGACUGUAAUUCCAGUGUGAAACUCUUUUGGUAGAAUUUUGGUUCUUUUUUUAGUAGAGAAAUUUAGUUCUUCUUUUACUACACUUUACAGCAUAAGAAGUAAAUUAAUUUUUUAUUA